GAUGUCAGGCCUUUCCCUGGACAGCCCGGGUCCUUAGCCGUGCGAGGACCCCGCCCCGCCCCCCGCGCUCAGUCCCUCGCCCGGCGGACCACUUCAUCGUCUCAACGUCGGUCUCUCAACGAUGCCGCUCUAUGAGGGCCUCGGGAGCGGCGGCGAGAAGACGGCGGUCGUGAUCGACCUAGGAGAAGCCUUCACCAAGUGUGGAUUCGCAGGAGAAACUGGUCCACGAUGCAUAAUUCCUAGUGUGAUAAAAAGAGCUGGCAUGUCUAAGCCGAUCAAAGUUGUCCAGUAUAAUAUCAAUACAGAAGAACUAUAUUCCUACCUAAAGGAAUUCAUCCACAUACUGUAUUUCAGGCAUCUGUUGGUGAAUCCCAGAGACCGCCGGGUUGUGGUUAUUGAGUCAGUGUUAUGUCCUUCCCACUUCAGAGAGACCCUUACUCGUGUUCUUUUCAAAUAUUUUGAGGUCCCAUCUGUCCUACUUGCUCCAAGUCAUCUGAUGGCACUCCUGACGCUCGGGAUUAAUUCCGCCAUGGUCCUGGAUUGUGGAUAUAGGGAAAGCCUGGUGUUGCCUAUCUAUGAAGGCAUCCCAGUACUGAAUUGCUGGGGAGCUCUGCCCUUAGGAGGAAAAGCUCUUCACAAGGAGUUGGAAACUCAGCUGUUGGAACAAUGCACUGUUGACACUGGUGCUGCUAAAGGACAGAGCCUUCCCUCGGUGAUGGGUUCAGUUCCAGAAAGCGUCCUAGAAGAUAUUAAAGAUUUAAUUUUUUUACUUCUAUGUCUAAAGGCCUUAUUACGGGUAUUUUCAGAAAAAAAAAACCAAAAACAAAAACAACCCACAAUGUUGUGUGUCCAGAAUGCAAAUAUUAAAAGGACAAGAGUAGCAGACGGGUGGUCUUGCAGGAUGUGCCAUUCAGGAAGUAAUCAAGCUAAGAGUAAUCUGAGUGAGUGUCUUCACCCAGAUUUUUUUAAAGGAUCCAGAGAAGUGGGGAACUAGAAAGCGUGAAAAUGCGUGCUGUCUCUCAUGGCCCUCAGUUUGUUUGUAUCGUUACACUUCUGCCAUGGCUGUCAAGUGGCAGAAUGAUUCUGCAGAGGGAUUAGAAUAUGGUUUUGUUCCUCUUCAAUGUGUCUGUCCUUCUUCUUGGGCGCCUCUCUUUCUCUCUGGCCUCCCCAGUUCUCUCUCUCCAUCUGACCCCUCCUCCUUUCCUGUAAGCUUCAUACUUAAGCCUGCGUUAAAGUAUCUUUAGUAAAACCUCAUCUCUACUUCAUAUAAAAGCAAUAAAGUAACAUAAUUUUUCAAAAGAGGGCUAAACCGUGUUGAUUUGAAUGCGUUACCCUGGCUAAGGUGUAAACGCACUGUUGGUUGAACGCCGAGCAGUAACGAGGGUGCAUUUAUUCCUCCUUAAGUGCGGACCUGCUUUGUAAGUGACCUGCAGCGUGGACUACAAAUCCAAGCAGCAAAGUUUAAUAUUGAUGGAAA